GGGCGGGAAUUGGCGGAGGGCAGCAACCAGUCCAUGGCUUCUCUCGGGAAGCAGAAUCAAAACAACGAGGCACGCCUUCUAAUCCUGGCCGCAGCCUGCCUGGGUACACGGGCUGCUGGUGCAUGGGGCAGAUAGCAUGCGGAGUACACACGCCUAAGCCGCAAGGCUUGUUAAUGCAGCCUCUUUCACGUGCAAGCUUUGCAGCUCUCAAGGACGCUGUUCUCUGCUUUCCCCGAGCUGCGCUUCACCGUCUCUUAUACUCAUCGGUGUUUUCGCUGAGCAUUAUUUCCCUUUCCUGGGCUCAGGCACUAUGGGGAUCGGAGAGGCGAGCAGCUGAAAGCACCCGCGGAGGAUCUGAAGAGGUGGAUGCGCGAUGCCGAACGUGAAAAACAACAAGGGAAAGAAAAAUAAAAGGGCUAACAGCAGCGGCGAUGAGCAGGAAAAUGGAGCCGCGGCAGCUGCAGCGGGGGGCACGGCAGCGGCCACAGCAGGAGCUACUGCAGUAUCUGCAGCCGCAGUGUGUGCAUCCUCGGCGGCAGCACCAGUAGCAUCGGCCGCACCUUCCAGUGACACCAAGAAUGAAUCAACAUGUGCCACUCCACUUCUUUGUAGCUUAGCUAGACCCGUUGACCUAGAGAAAGAUGACUACCAGAAGGUUAUCUGUAAUAACGAAAACUGCCCCUACAGCACCUGGAUGCAUCUGCAGUGCUUCUAUGAAUGGGAGAGCAGCAUUCUUGUGCAGUUCAACUGUAUUGGACGAGCCCGCAGCUGGAAUGAGAAACAAUGUCGACAAAACAUGUGGACCAAGAAAGGUUAUGACUUAGCUUUUCGGUUUUGCUCAUGUCGAUGUGGGCAGGGCCACUUAAAAAAAGAUACAGAUUGGUACCAGGUGAAACGAAUGCAGGAUGACAAAAAGAAGAAAUCUGUCACAGAAAAACCCACUGGUAGAUCCAUGUCAGAGUCCUCUGAUGAUGUCAAGAAAUGCAGAGGUGCAGCUAAACCUCAGAAAGCAUUUACUUAUGACCCUCCUCGUAGGCAUUCAGUGGACAGACAAAACUCUCAAGAGAAGGGGAUAAGUGGAAAUGCCCACAGCUUGCGCUCUCCUUGCGUUUCCCCAGGACAGUCUCCUCCCGCUGGUUAUCCCAUACUUUCCCCUUCUCACUUUAGUGUUCCACGUAGCUCCAGAUACCUAGGUGAAUUUCUAAAGAACGCAAUCCAUUUAGAGCCUCACAAGAAGAAUAUGGCAACAGGAGGGGCACUCAGAAAUGUGCACUUGGACUACAGCAUGUCUAGUCUGCAGUCUCACAGGUCUGGACGUUUAGAUACGCCAGUACAGUUUCUUCGGCGACUCGACCUUUCUGAACUUUUAGCCCAUAUACCACGGCAUAAGCUUAACACGUUCCAUGUGCGCAUGGAAGAUGAUGCGCAGGUUGGGCAGGGAGAGGAUCUUCGUAAGUUUAUCCUUUCAGCACUUAGUGCUAGUCACAGGAAUGUUGUGAACUGUGCAUUGUGCCACCGGGUACUCCCUGUGUUUGAGCAGUUCCCACUUGUAGAUGGAACCUUGUUUCUUAGUCCAUCCCGGCAUGAUGAAAUGGAGUAUGAUGUACCAUGCCACCUUCAAGGCAGACUGAUGCACUUAUAUGCUGUCUGUGUGGACUGCUUAGAAGGAGUUCAUAAAAUCAUCUGCAUUAAAUGCAAAUCGAGAUGGGAUGGAAGUUGGCAUCAGUUGGGAACAAUGUAUACUUAUGAUAUAUUGGCUGCUUCUCCAUGCUGUCAGGCCCGACUGAAUUGCAAACACUGUGGGAAACCAGUCAUAGAUGUCCGCAUCGGAAUGCAGUAUUUUUCGGAGUACAGUAAUGUUCAGCAAUGCCCUCACUGCGGGAAUCUAGACUACCAUUUUGUGAAGCCAUUCUCUUCAUUUAAAGUUCUUGAGGCUUAUUGAUGAAAGCUUUUGUUUUAGUAAUAGCCAUUUUAUAGGUAUUACUACUUUGAUACGUAUAUUUUAUAGGAAAUAUUGUAUAUAAAAAAAACUUAUUUUCCACUUAAAGCAACUGAAGCUUUUUUCUUUAUAUUGGUUUAUUAAAAUGUGCAAAUAGUUUGUUUUCCCUUGGAAAUAUUACAUUGAAAUGUGACGAGUGAAUGUAAAUCUUUUGCCAGCAAAGUGUAUUUUUUUUUCCUGUCCAGUUUGUUCUUUGGCAUGCAUUCUGCUUUUACUCUAGCUCACACCCUUGACUCAGCACUUAAAGAAAAACAAAUCACCAAAGUAAAUCUAGAUUUAUUUU